UAUAUAAAGAGAGUUCGUAAAGACUUCCGAAUUAACAAAAACUGACAUAAGCCGGCUAAUAACUAACACCUUCGCUUUGCAAAGCCUAUUGUUUGGCUAAGCCCUUGCAAUAAAUUGCAGCUCAUCAGAUGCGUAUUCUUUUCCUUUGCUUACCAAUAGGAUUUUCUUCUUGCCCCAUUCAUCCAUUGGAAGAGAGGAUUUGGUGGCAUUGUUUGAGGUGGUGUAUUGAGGACUAGAUUUGGAAGGAGACGGUUUGAAGGGUUUUAAAUCCCACCUGCCCGCUUCUAGGCGCCAGUCUGUCUGGAGGUAGAGCCAACAAGCAGAAAAUAAUAACACAAUGCUGAGUUCCAACAUGAUGCCCGUUAUGAUGCCACGAGCUGUCCCAAUGUUUGAGCAAUCUCCGUUCUCUCUCGGAGUAUAUCCACCAGCCAUCGUCUUCCAUCCAUCGCCUCUCUUCCCCUCCAUGACACAGCCACCAUCCCGCGUCGUGCUCCCCAAUCCAUGGAAGGCAGCGACAUUUGGUUAUCCAUCAUCACCCCCGCUCAAACCCCAAGCUCUGAUGUCGUCACCAACGUUCCCUCACUCGUCACCACUGUCGAUGUCGAAGAGUCCGCGAUCAUCAUGCGUAAGGACUUCGCCAUCACCGCCAUGCAGCCCCGACUCCGCUUCGAGCAACGGUGGAGAAACGAAGACCGCCUUCACGAUCGACGCUAUCCUGUCCUCCAACAAGCGCUCACCGUCAUCAUCCUCCCAUUCGAGUAGCUCAAGGUCGGGUUACGGAAGCGACCGAGGUUCGACGCCGUCGCCGGAUUCGUUCAACUUCGUCUCGCCGAAGCCGACAUCUCCUUCAAAGAUUUGGAAUGGAUCCCGCUUCCAUGCAGCCGAAUUCAGACACGACCUUGAUGGAACAAAACACCAUCCUACCGAAUUCCUCUUCGAUGAUCACCGUGAUGCCAAGUCGACAUCGACGAUCUCAGUGACGAACCUUGGCAGUCAAGGAAAACAUCUGGGCUCCACAGCGUUUAAUUCUGGGAGGAAUGCCGAACAAUCUUCCGAUAAGACUCUGAAGCGACUUCGUUGCGAUGAGAGCGAGUGGAAUCCGCGCGCCAAGAGAGUGCGUACAAUCUUCACCCAAGAACAGCUUGAGCGACUUGAACAGGAGUUUGACCGUCAGCAGUACAUGGUCGGCAGUGAGAGACUUUAUCUUGCCGCUGAGCUCAAUCUAUCAGAAUCACAGGUUAAAGUUUGGUUCCAGAAUCGACGUAUCAAAUGGCGCAAGCAGAACUUUGAGAAACAGCAAGUCCACCUCGCCCACGUCCGUGCCGUACAGGAAGGCCAACGCGAUGACGAACACAGCAGCGAAGAAGACGACGAACAGGUCAACCACCUUGUUUUUUCUCCCAAGACUUCGGACGAUGAACGGAUGAGAGUCUGGUCAUCGGAUAGCGAGACUCAUGAUGCAGCAACGACAUCCAACACGAUCACAGCCAUCGUCAACGACACGGGUGACGAAUUCAAACAUCGUGAUGCCGACCGAACACCGUCAUCGUCUUCGAGUGCCUCAUCAACGUCUACCACUGACUUCUCAAUGGCGUUGCAGCUGGAGGUGAAGAAGGUCGAGGAGCGUCUAGCAAUGAGGCUCUGUCGGAGGAACAUGCAAUCAUCGUCGAGCGCGUUGUCCAGCUCUUCUCACCUCCGUUUGAUGUCGAGUAUCCGACGUUUGGAGAGUUCUCGUGAUCUCGAAUACACGAAUGCGACGAAAAGAGACUAACAAGGUUAAACCAUGAUGAACUAUGAACUAUUUUUAUCCAAAAAGCAGUCAAGUAGUCUGUUUUUCUCACGUUAUUUUCCUCCUUUUUUUGCUAAAAGAUAAUGUCAUAUAACAAUUUUCAACUUCUUGUUUUAUUUGAAUUCAUGCUACGCAUGAAUCGAGACUUCUGAGUCUUCUAUGAAAAUGGCCCUGCGCAAAAUACAUAAUGGAAUUUAACAUUUUGAAUUUUCGACAUGCUGUUAACAAUUGCAUGCUAUAUGCAGUAUAUUUUUUUUUCUUGUGCUAAAACAAACUUCGAACUCUUCUAAUAAUACUUUUUAUGAAAUCUAUUAUGUAUAGGUUCGUAAUUCGAAUGAGGUAUUUUGUCAGCAUAAAGCUAGUACGACAUGCAAAUCAAAUUUAACAUCAUGUAAAAACUAUUAUAAAACAACAACAAAAGGAGAUGAUUGGGUACGUUGCAAUAUGUAAAGCUGAUUCGGACUAAAUGUGUAGUCCAAUACUGAGAAACUAUAGUUUAUAAAAUUCAUUAUUUUCGUGUGCGUUACAUACUUGGUGUAGAAAGUUUGAUCCAUACAGCAUGCAUAUUAGUUACAAAAUUAUGAAAGUGAAGUGAACUUCAAUAUCUACUUAAGACAUAUAGUUAGUUCUUCAUACAUGUGGUAGGUCGUAGAGUAUAAUCACGUUUUGAGCUUACAUUCCCUGAAUAAUGUUCUUUUAUGAUUUCAUUUCUUAUGUUCAAAGCUGUUAAAACUGGUGUAUAAAAAAAGUUGAUAUUUUCUCUCUCGUAAAGAAUCCUUUAAUUAUUUUGUAUUGUAUACAUUUUUUGAGGAUUCAUGUAAAUAAAACAAAUGCCAAGGAAAUUAAUCAAA